AAAAGGGCAGGCUUUCAUUCAGCAGAGAAACAUGUGCACUUCUCCCCAAAUUCACUUCAUGUAAACCCGGGGCUGUGAACAGUAUUGAUCCCUGGCACUCAAUGAGAGGACUAACAGGAAUCCACACAGGGGCUUGGACGCUUACCGGUGCACAAUUGGAACUUGGUACUGCUGCAUAAUGGGUUACAAAGCGCCAUCCAUGCAUUGCGUCUUACGAUGCCUGUGCUUCAUGCUUCUCCAUAUGUUUAGUGCAGCUCAAGAUGAAGACUUAAGAAGUUGUAGGACCGCGCCAUGUGAUUUAGUCUUUAUUUUAGACGGCUCAUGGAGUGUCGAAGACGUCAGUUUUGAAUUAGUAAAGCGAUGGCUUGUCAACAUAACAACAAGCUUCAACAUUGGACAGAAGUUUACCCAGGUUGGCGUCGUCCAGUACAGCGAUGACCCCGUCUUAGAGAUACCUCUGGGGAAGUACUCCUCUAACAAAGACCUGAUCAAAGCCAUGGAGUCCAUUGAGUACAUGGGGGGCAACACAAACACAGGGACAGCCAUUAAGUUUGCAACGGACAAACUAUUUGGCCUUUCUGAGCGUGGCCCAUCAGGCAUUUCCAGAAUUGCUGUUGUCCUCACAGAUGGGAAGUCACAAGAUGAGGUUAUGAAAGCAGCAGAGGCAGCGAGGAAAAAAGGAGUUAUUCUGUUUGCAAUUGGUGUUGGGUCAGAGACAGAGGACGCUGAGUUAAGGGACAUUGCAAACAAGCCUUUUUCAACGUACGUGUUCUCUGUCGAGGACUACAGAGCUAUUUCCAGGAUCAUUCAAGUCAUACGACAAAAACUGUGUGAAGAGACGGUUUGUCCAGCAAGAAUUUCUGUAGAUUCCCGCGAUGAGAAGGGUUUUGAUCUUCUGUUGCACUUAAAUUUGGCUAAAAAAGCCCAAAAGACAAGAGGAGCUUUCUAUGGCUCCAAGGCCUAUGAAGUGACAUCACGACUCGACUUGAGUGAAGCCACACGGAACCUUUUCCCAGAUGGUCUGCCUCCAUCAUACGUUUUCGUGGCCACAUUGAGGUACAAAGGAUCGGUGACAAUGGAGGAGUGGGAUUUAUGGAGGAUACAGACGCAUGAUGGGAAACCUCAGAUGGCGGUGACUCUGAAUGGAUAUGACAGCACGGUCAAGUUCACAACAACGAGCAAUGCACUGAGUGGAACUCAGACGGUCACAUUUUCACAACAAACAACAAGGAAGCUAUUUGAUGAGAAAUGGCACCAGAUGCGGCUGCUGGUCACCGAGGAGGAUGUGACUCUUUAUGUCGAUGACCUGGAAAUUGAGUCUCUACCCUUGGAGCCCCCUGUUGGGAUUUUCAUCAAUGGGAAAACCCAAGUUGGAAAAUAUGUCAAAAAGGACACGACAGUGCCAUUUGAAAUUCAGAAACUUCGCAUCUACUGUGACCCUGAGCAGAACAACCGAGAGACAGCGUGUGAGAUCCCUGGAGUUUGCUCCAACAGUCCUGAUUAUGCUGAACCAACUCAAGAGCCUUGUGUUUGUCCUGCUGGACCCCCUGGACUUCCAGGAAUAAAGGGAGAACAAGGAAACACUGGCAAACCUGGACAGCCUGGACCUGCUGGUGCUGAUGGUAAGCCUGGUAACCCUGGCAUAAGAGGGAGUCCAGGGCUGCCAGGCCCACCAGGAAUAGAGGGGAAACGGGGGCCAGAUGGGAACAAAGGCGAGCAAGGGAGGCCUGGUGUUUCGGGUGAGAGGGGUGUGCAUGGAUUACCUGGACCGUCUGGAAAACCAGGAGAGAAGGGCUCAAAAGGAUCCCCAGGAAUUUCAGGGCUACCAGGAAAAGCUGGGCAAGUGGGUGAAAAGGGGCCUAUGGGACCUGCUGGGCCCCCUGGUUAUCCAGGAGAACCUGGUCUUUCCGGGAGGGAUGGAAAGGAUGGAUUUCCAGGGAGACCUGGUGAAAAGGGAGAAGCUGGGGCCAGUGGCAUUCCUGGUGGUGAUGGAAGGGAGGGCCAUCCGGGUAUGCCUGGAUUGCCAGGGAUUGCAGGUCUUGAUGGACAGAAGGGAGAAGCUGGUUUAGCGGGACCAAGGGGCUUCAAAGGAUCAACUGGACCACCUGGCGAGAUGGGUUUACCUGGUGCACCUGGUUUAAAAGGACAAAUUGGUCCUAAGGGGAAUAAGGGUGAAAGUGGAAGUCCAGGUAUACAAGGAACAACAGGACCUGCGGGGACUUCAGGAGAGCCAGGAAGAGAAGGUCAGCCAGGGCACCCAGGCAUGCCAGGCCUGAAGGGCAGCAAGGGACAAAAAGGAAUCCCAGGUGAAAGAGGAGAGAUGGGAAUGAACGGUGAAAAAGGAGAGCAUGGUCGGCCAGGGGGACACGGCCCUGCCGGUCCAAUGGGACUUAAAGGAGAGAAAGGGACAACAGGGGAUCCAGGGCAGAGAGGUCUAGAAGGUCAAGUGGGACGGCCUGGGCAGUCAGGCAACUCAGGCACACCUGGCCCCCGAGGUUUGCAGGGGAACCCUGGUCUACCUGGCCCACCCGGACCUGAGGGACAGCAUGCAAGUCAAAUGUCAGACAGUCACAUUCGUCAAAUCUGCAGAGAGAUUCUUCUAUCUGAGCUGCCUUUAUUGUUGCGGAGCAACCAGCAGGGGGGCUGUACAAGAUGUCAAAGCCGGCCUGGACCUCCUGGUCCUCCAGGUCCAACAGGGUCCAUUGGACUCAGAGGUCUUCCUGGACUGAGUGGCUCAAGGGGACAGUCAGGCCACCCUGGUCGGCCAGGGCACCCUGGUAUUAAUGGGCUGAAAGGAGAGCCAGGUUUCAAGGGUGAGAGGGGGAGUCCUGGACGAACCACCACUGGAGACCAAGGGCUACCAGGUCCAAUGGGUCCUCAGGGGUACGGUAAGCCAGGUCCUUCAGGUAAACCUGGGUCCCCUGGUCUAAAUGGAGCAGAAGGCAAAAGUGGUAAUCCUGGCAUCCCCGGUCAGCCUGGGGUGUGUGAUCCAUCCAUGUGCUAUGGUAGCAUGAUGAGGCGGGAUCCUUACAGCAAAGGGCCAAACUAUUGACGUAAUGCAUCGUCUCAAGCUGUCAUGGAAUAAACAGACAUUCUCAGGAAGAUCUCAUCUUAAUAGUUUCAUUCUGUCGUUGAAACAUAACGGACCUCCUCAAACAACCUGUAUGUGAUCUCAGACAGUCAACAGAACCCGAUUCUUUCAUAGUUUCAUUGUUGUUAUUUUGUAUUAUUAUUCACGUCUUUUGACAUGCUUUGUGGAUUCAAUGGUGUAAAGAUCAUUUGUAAUUGGCCUUAUUUGAUGCCUCUCAUCUGAUCACCUUCAACUCAUGAACUAUAUGUAUGUCUGGAUCUUUCCUUGGCCAGUGUGGCCGGUACAAAUUCCCAUUUUGUCCUCUGAUUUUGCUUUGUUGCAUGUUGCUCUCUAUUUUCUUCAUACAUUAAUUUGGUGCUAAGAGUUCUGUUACAAACAGAUCUUCUGUUAUCUCUAAAUUUCAUUACUGGUGAAUUAAAUCACCAUAGGUUACGUGUAGAAUUUGCACACUACAGCAGAAGACUGUAAAUGUGUCUUGUAGCUAAUCAUGAGCUGCUGUAUGCCUGUGUUCCUACAACAUUUACUUUGAAUUUAAAGAACUUUAUUUUUAUGAAAACAUUUGACAAAAGCUAAUGUUUUGUAUCAUAAAAGCAUCCAUCCCUUCAUCAUAUUAAUCAUUCAUUCUUGUGAAAUUUAACUCUAGUGAAGUUUCACAAUCUAUGAACAUGCUUACUUUUUUUCAGAACUGCUAUGUCAAUGAUGUUGUUGAGGCUUCCCUUUCAUUACUGUAGCAGGUAUUUCAUUGUUAUUUAUAUAAAAGUCAUAGCUGUGUUUUUCAGCAGUGACGUGUCUUAAACAGCUCGUGUCAUUUUUUUUUUACUUUGUGUAAUGAAAACUUUUGUAUGAAUCUUUUUUGUACUAGAAUUAAAAUAUUGUAAGG